AUGCUUUCUUCAGGCAGAGCACCGUUGACUAGAUGGCAGUCGCUGUCUGCCCGACUGUCACGGACCACGACGACUACGCGGGCAAUGGGCUCCUACGCCACCUUCAAGGUGCCUCGGAUUGACAACGAACCGAACAAACAUUAUGCUCCCGGGUCUCAGGAUCGAAAAGCCCUCGAAGAAGCUCUGGCGCAGAGCAAGCAGAAAGCCCCCUUGAACAUUCCAGUCGUGAUCGCAGGGAAGGAGGUGAAAAGCUCGCAGGUCCAGACACAAUUGAAUCCCGCCUCGCAUGCCCCCUUUGCCACGUACUCGAACGCGACGGUAGCCGACGUCGAGGCGGCGAUCAACGCGGCGCUCGACGCCCGCAGUGCCUGGGCGUCAACCUCGUUCGCCGACCGGGCGAGCAUCUUCCUCAAGGCGGCCGAUCUGAUCGCUACCAAAUACCGCUAUGAGAUCAUGGCGCUGACCAUGCACGGUCAGGGCAAGAAUGCCUGGCAGGCCGAGAUCGACGCUGCAGCCGAGUUGUGCGAUUUCUUCCGUUUUGGCGUCAAGUAUGCCGAGGAGUUGUAUGCCCAGCAGCCUGUGCAUCAUGCUUCGGGCGUGUGGAAUCGUGUUGAAUAUCGCCCCCUGGAAGGUUUCGUCUACGCGGUCAGUCCGUUCAACUUCACGGCCAUCGGUGGAAAUCUGGCGGGCGCCCCCGCUCUGAUGGGCAACGUGGUGGUGUGGAAGCCGUCCCCCUCUGCCAUUGCGUCGAACUGGCUGGUGCACCAGAUCCUGCUCGAGGCCGGUCUGCCCAAGAAUGUGAUCCAGUUUGUGCCUGGUGAUGCCGCCGAGGUGACCGAGGCCGCACUGAACCACCCGCAAUUCGCCGCCUUGCACUUCACAGGCAGCACCGAUGUCUUCCGCAUGCUGUACGGCAAGAUCGGCGAAGGGGUGGCCGCAGGGCGAUACCGCAGCUACCCGCGCAUCGUGGGCGAGACGGGCGGCAAGAACUUCCAUCUCAUCCACCAGUCGGCCGAUGUUCGCAACGCCGUGGUGCAGACCGUGCGCGGGGCGUUUGAGUUCCAGGGUCAAAAGUGCAGCGCCACGUCGCGGGCGUACGUCGCGGCGUCCCUCGCCGACGAGUUCUACGCCCAGCUCGUCCGCGAGGUCAACGCCCUCAAGGUCGGCGAACCCACCGACUUCACCAACUUCUGCGGGCCCGUCAUCCACGAAGCCUCCUUCAACAAGCUGGCCCGCGUGAUUGACGAUGCCCGUCAGGACCCCGAGCUCGAGCUGCUCGCCGGCGGGACUUACGAUGCCUCGCAGGGCUGGUACAUCCAGCCGACGGUCUACCGUACCACGAACCCAGACCACCCCUUGCUCUCCCGCGAGCUGUUCGGCCCCAUCCUGGUCGUGCACACGUACGACGAUGCUGCCUUCCCCGCCAUCUGCGACCAGAUCGAUCGCACAGGCCAGUACGGUCUGACGGGCGCGGUGUUCGCGCAGGAUCGCGAGGCCGCCCGCUUCGCCGAGGACCGGCUCCGCAACGCCGCAGGCAACUUCUACCUCAACUGCAAGAGCACGGGUGCCGUCGUGGGCCAGCAGCCCUUUGGUGGCGCGCGUGCCAGCGGCACCAACGACAAGGCCGGUAGUGGGAACCUGCUGUCGCGCUUCGUUAGCCUGCGCUCUAUCAAGGAGGAGUUUCUUCCUUCGACGACGGUGGCCUAUCCCAGCAAUGCAUAG